AUGAAAAACGAAUGGGAAGAGACAGACCCGAACGAUCCAACUUGGGUAGAUGACGAGGGUUCGUCAGUCUUUAACCGCUUGCCGAAAAACCACGAGUACUUCAAGCCGAGACAGCACAUCGGGUACACAGAAGAAGCUGAAAGAGAUUUCCGCCUGGCAUACAGACCAGCGGAAGCUACGGAACAUUCCAAGUUCAUCCCAAAAAUCGCACUCGCGCCGCUUUCACGAGAAAAGUUACCUUCGACUGUCGGAAAGUUCAACGGAUUGACUGAUCCCGACGAUCACGUCAGAACAUUCACAAGUGUAGGCUGCAUGGGAGGUUGGAACAUGCCUAUGUGGUGUCACAUGUUUAUUCAAACUCUUACUGGGGCUGCUCGUGCCUGGUUCGACAGCCUCCCGCCAGGAAAGAUCAAAUCUUGGGUAGAUUUCAAGACGCAGUUUUUAAGCUACUUCAGCCAACAACGACGCUACCAGCGUGACACAGCUGAAGUAGAAGAUAUCUGGCGAAGAGAUGGUGAAGGUCUGGAGGACUUCAUCACCCGUUUUAACAAGGAAUGUUUGAAGAUAGGCGGCGUCAGUGAACAACUCAUGCGUUGUCACUUCAAGAAAGCCAUUCGCUGUGAUAGUCUCAUCAGAACUAUCACAGGCAAAGAUGGAAUGCCAAAAGAGUGGGAUAAGCUCAUGGAAGCUGCAAAAAUUGUCGCGCAAACCGAAGAAUCACUCGCUGGAAACAGGAGUUAUUACUCUGAAGAUCGAUUCUUCAGAGGAAACACACGCGACAGCAACAAGCGCAACAAAUACAAGAGUAACGAUUGGAAGUCUGGGAGAUCAAGAGGCCACGAUGAAAGGCCGCGCUAUAGGGAGGACGCGCGCGAAACAAUUGACCGAAUCGGUUACAAGAAAGCAGUCAAAGAUGAUAAUCGUGACAAGCACUGGACUCCGCUCAUAAAAACAUCAAAAGAGGUAUUGAUGACGGAGAACCACGAUUUCAAGGCUCCCAGGCCUAUGACAAACAAGAAGGGACAAGACCCCAACUUGUAUUGUGAUUUUCACAAAGACUCAGGGCAUUUGACCGAUGACUGCUAUAGUUUGCGCCAAGAGAUCGAGAGAGCACUUAAAAGUGGUAAGCUAAGCCACUUGGUGAAGAACGUGCGCAAAGAAACUCGCCAGCUCCAGCGCCACGAUGAAGGAAAUCACAAGAAAGUCCGACGCCUAGAGACUCACAUGGUCAACGGACCUAGAUAUAGCGCGAAAGAGAAAGGCAAGCGCCCCUGCGAGCCUUCUUGGCAAGAGCAACAGGUCAUUUUCCCGGUAAUGCGCGGCGGUACUCGCGCCACACGACCUGUCGUCAUUACCGGUAUCAUCGGCCAUUAUGAAACGGAGUACGUAUUCAUUGAUCCAGGAAGUACAACUGACAUCAUUUAUGAACAGUGUUUUAACUAA